AGCACACAUCUGGACGACAUGCCUGCUUCACACUUCAAGGAUAAUUUUGUCUUUUCAUCUAAUUUUUAAUGUUUCACUUCAAAACCUGGCAAUCACCGCACUGUACAGGCUCUUCUUUCGCUUCUCUCUUCUCACUCUUCUUGUUCUUAUCGGUAUCAUGCAGGCAACUCUUUGAGAUACUUGGCAGAUGCAGGUUAUUUGUAUCAAAAGGUUAACAGCCAGUUUAUUGCAAAUUCAGUAUCACCAUUAUCAGAAAAGCUUUGCUGAUCUUAUCUUUGCACUUUUGUGAAUUUUCCCGUUUGGAUCGUUGUUUCUUAAAUAUUUAUAGGUGAAAAGGAAAAUUGAACUACCAUAAACUGAUGGAUUCCAAAGAACCAAACAAGUACUCAUACGCAAAAAAAAAAAAGGAAGGCUGCAAUGCAGCUCAAACGGCGUGAUACGCAGAGCCAUAUAUCUACUCGUAGAAGGAAAGUGAUGUUGCUAUCACGACGUAUGAGAAGACAAAAUUUUGCAAAGCACAGCCUUUUUGAAAGUCCGAUUGUUGCUGUCCCAGAGCAGGCAACAUCAUCUUGGGACAAAACAGGAUUUCUAAAACAAACUGCUCUUACCAUACUAGAAUCUCCUUCCCUUGCGGAAAAAGGUACCAAACAUCAAGCUUGCCUGACUACAUUGUGUGAUAAUUUAGAAAAAGAAAAGGGUAUAUUGGAUACCCCUAUCAUUUGUGAAACAGCUGCCAGUCUUCAAACUUGCACGACUACAGUGAUGGAUAAUCUAGAAAAAGAAAAGUCUAUAUUGGAUCCCCCUAUCAUUCGUGAAACAGGGUCCACGUCGGGUACAUCUAAACUGCCUCUUGUUUGCUUGAACGCUGUUCCAAUCAAAGUUCAUAGCCGGGCCAAAAAGGUGUGUCUGGCUGCUAAAGAGCAACGAAGUGACCAUGUUGCUCUAAAAAACGUGCCGCACUGCCAAUACUGUCAUGCAAAGAGGUUUGAAUAUGAAAGUCCAGGAUUUUGCUGCAACAGUGGUGCAAUAAGGUUGACAUCUCAUAAAAUGCCACCUGAAUUAUCAGAGUUAUACUUUGGAAAUACUGAAGAAUCUGAAAACUUUCGAACUUAUAUUAGAAUGUACAACAACAUGUUUGCAUUUACUUCACUUGGUGUAAAGUAUGAUAAAGAGCUAGCGAGAAGAAAUUGCGGUAUCUAUACAUUUAGAGUCCAGGGGCAAAUGUAUCAUUUUAUAGAUGAUUUAAUUCCUUCUAAUGAAAAACCCAGGAAUUUACAGUUGUACUUCUAUGAUCAUGAUAAUGAACUAGCUAAUAGGAUGGCUUGUUCGACAAGAAUUAAUGAAUCAAUAAUGAAAAAGUUGAUGGACAUAUUGAAAAUCAACGGACAUAUAACUUACCCAGCUCAUCAGAGGUUGCAGCAUUAUGGCUUGAAGAAAAUUCUACAGAUAUUUCUGCACCAUAUAUUCGAAUUUAUACCCACAGUAAUGGAGCUCGAUUAG